AUGUUGGAUGUACUUCCUCCUCUAAAUAUGGUCAAAGACUUCCUACUUUCUUCUUGGAGCUGCGUCCGACAGCGAGGCCUGAACACAGGUCGUGGCCCGCUGCCCCGCUUCCGGCCUUUCCCCCUCCUGGUAGUGACAGGGGGUGGUUACCUUGGUUACCAGCACUACAGGCAGAGGGGCCCACAGGAGGAUGGAGCCCCACCCCCUAUUGCCACUCCCACACAGGUGGCACUGUACCGCUCCUUUCCAACUCGCCUCCUCUCUCGGGCCUGGGGUCGCCUGAACGGGGUGGAGCUCCCCACCUGGCUCCGAAAACCUGUCUACUCCCUCUACAUCUGGACCUUUGGGGUCAACAUGCAGGAAGCAGCGGUGGAGGAUUUACAUCACUACAGGAAUCUGGGUGAAUUUUUUCGUCGUCGUCUUAAACCUGCAGUCAGACCGCUCUGCGCCUCCUCCUGUCUGAUCUCUCCAGCUGAUGGGAGGAUCCUCCAUUUUGGUCAGGUGAAGAACUCUGAGGUGGAGCAGGUGAAGGGGGUCACCUACAGUCUUGAGAACUUCCUGGGUCCACAGAAGAGACUAGGCAGCGACUCGUCGUUGUCCUUCCGGGACCUCCUCCUGUCAUCUUCUGAUAACGACCUGUUCCAUGUCGUAGUCUACCUGGCUCCAGGUGACUAUCACUGUUUCCAUUCGCCCACAGACUGGAGGGUGGAGCUUCGACGUCACUUUCCAGGCUCAUUAAUGUCGGUUAACCCAGGCGUGGCUCGUUUGGUCAAAGAGCUCUUCUGCCUUAACGAGCGUGUGGCGCUCACUGGCCAAUGGCAGCAUGGCUUCUUCUCUUUAACAGCAGUCGGAGCCACAAACGUUGGUUCGAUCAGAGUUUACUUUGACCAGGAGCUUCAGACCAACGCUCCUCGCUACAGUAAAGGAUCUUUCCAUGACCGCAGCUACGUUGCCGUCGGCGACCAGGUUUUGAAUGUGGGUGAUGAAGGGGGCGUGGCCUUGCAGAAGGGGGCAGCGGUGGGGGAGUUUAACCUCGGCUCCACCAUUGUUCUGCUGUUCGAAGCACCGAAAGACUUUCGCUUUAACCUGCAGCCGGGACAGCGAAUCAGAGUGGGAGAGGCACUUGGCAGCCUCUGAUUGGCUUAGCUGCAGACUGAGGGGGAGGAGCCUAAUGAUGAGGAACUACUGGAAACUCAUCGGACACAUUUAAAGAGCUAAUGGCAUUGUGGGUAAUUUUCUCUGUAACAAAGAAGCUGUGGAGGGAAACAAAGAUAACUCCCAUAAUGCCUUGUGCCUCACGGCGGGGAAAUGCCAAACCCCUCUCUCUCUCUCUCUCUCUCUCUCUCUCUCUCUCUCUCUCUCUCUCUCUCUCUCUCUCUCUCUCUCUCUCUCUCUGUUGAUCGCCCAGAAACUGAAAAAGACUAAAUCAUUUUUAGUCUAGUCUGUCCAAUGAAACUCUGCAGCUGGCUUGACACAAACCAGAGCAGCUGAUUGGUAGAAACCCAACAGGGUGUAUGUGAUUGGUCCAAAACCAGUGAAAUGAUGUCAUUAACACCUGGAUGCUUCUUUUCUUUUGUAAAAUAUGUAAUUAUAAAUAAAUCUUUUCUUUCUCA